CGGAGCAGGGGAGGGGAAGAGCACCCGGGAUCCUUUUGCUGCGAUGCUGCGUGCCGUGGCGGCGGAGAGGGAUGCAGGCGUCUUUGUAGGGAGAGCAGCGCCGAACAGAGAUGCUGCCGAGAAGCCGAGCAGGCCCCUGAUGCUGAUGUUGUCAUCCGUGUCUCUGUUAUGUAUUAUUUCCAGCUGAUUGGUAAAGAUGGAAAGAGGGAGAGGAGGAGGAGGAGGAGGAGGAGGAAGGAACCUGGGAGGCUCUGGCCUGCACAGGAGCAUUUAUUCCCAGUCCCAGCAGCAGUACCAUUACCCGGCCUCCUCCCAGGGGGGCUGCAUGGAGAUCCAGGAGCUGGCCUCCAAGAGGGUGGACAUCCAGAAAAAGCGAUUUUAUCUGGAUGUGAAGCAGAGCUCCCGAGGCCGCUUCCUGAAGAUCGCUGAGGUCUGGAUAGGAAGAGGCAGGCAGGACAAUAUCAGAAAAAGCAAGCUGACCCUCUCCUUGUCCGUGGCUGCCGAGCUGAAGGACUGCCUGGGAGACUUCAUCGAGCACUACGCCCACCUGGGCCUGAAAAGCGGCCACGGACACCGGCACGAGCACAGCAAUGGCAAAGAGCAGCAUCCCCGGAGGCGACAGCAGCACCCGCCGCCUUCGCCUCCGGUGUCUGUCGGCUCCGAAGAGCACCCUCACAGCGUCCUCAAAACGGAGUACAUCGAGAGGGACAACAGAAAGUAUUACCUGGACCUGAAGGAGAAUCAGCGGGGGCGCUUCUUGCGGAUUAGGCAAACCAUGAGUAGGGGACCUGGCAUCAUGGGUUAUUUUGGCCACAGCUUGGGACAGGAGCAGACAAUCGUCCUUCCGGCACAAGGGAUGAUUGAGUUCAGGGAUGCUUUGGUCCAGCUGAUUGAAGAAUACGGCGAAGGGGACAUUGAGGAUCGCCAGGGGGGAGGCGACGAGCCCCCGGAGCUCCCCGAAGGCACCUCCUUCCGAGUGGACAACAAGCGCUUCUACUUUGACGUGGGAUCCAACAGACAACCCGCAGCCUCACAAGGUUUCAACAGCAGCGCAUGGUUUCUGAAAGCUUCUUGCCGUUUCCAAGAUGAUCCAAGAACGGGAAGGGACUGCAAUUCCGAACCUGGCAAAGAUGCAGUCGCUUUGCUGGCUAACCUAUUACGGAGCAGGUGUCACCCCCGAAGUAUUUCUGCAAGCCCCCCGAAAGAGGAGCAGAAAGCUAGAGGAGCAAGCUCUUGAGACAUGAGCCAAGAGGUAAGAGUGAAGGCUGAGCCACAGCUUGGACUUUGCAGGCUGUUUUGGAGAGCACGACGGCUCUCUGGGGUGGACUGAUCUACCACCCCCGUUGUUUGUCUCUGAACCUCCUCCUGAGAUGAUCUCUGAAGUGCCCUCCUGCAAAGAGGUGCAGCCUCUUCAGCCCCUCUGUGGCACCAGAGGAGAAAGAGAAAGCACUAAUUGGAAGAUCUUCUUAACUUCCUCACCUUCUCAGGCUCUCCACAAAGUGAAGUUCCUCCUCCUCCUCCAUACUGCAGGCCUUGAGCUGUUGCAAUAAGCCCUAGAGCUGCCCUCUGUGGUUGUUCAAAACUAUGCCGACCUCUUCCUCUCAGUGAGGCUGAAGAUGCUGUGCAGAAGAGAACAAACAAGAGGCUAAGACAUGGGUCUUUUUCACUUGCCUCAGCCUAAACACCAGCCUCCUCCGGGCUUUCAGUGUUCCAAGAGCUUCCCACCCUUCUAGGCAAGGAGUUUGUUUUCUGGAAGAAGAAAAUCAGUAGUUUUGUGCUAGCAAUAGCUGGAGUCCUCUUGUACUAGGAAAGGCAUUUUCUCCCUCUCCUUUGCAUUUUGUAUGAACGCAGAAACUAAUGUGGAAUGAGAGUUGUAAUAUCGGGAAAGGGGAGAUCAGAACAGAAUGUUCCCCUGGAAAGGGUUUGAUGCAAUUUGAAGCUGCGUGUAGAAGAUUGGCUGAAAGGUAAACUGAUUUGGGCUAAAAAAGCUGGUGCUGUUAAACUGUGUUAGUGAUUCUUUAGCAGAUGGUCCAAAAUAGCUUUUUUCAUGACCUCUGACCUCUACGGAAGAUAAUCAUAUUUUUGAUCUUAGACUGAAGGUGCAAUUUGUGCUGGAAGAAACUUACGUUCUUUAGAAACCAUCUCAGGGUGGCAUUUACUGUCGAAAACAUUGCAUGGAAACUUAAAGAAAACAAACCAAAAAUCACACAUCUGAAUCAACCCUGGGUGAGCGUUUGCAGAGCAUUGUGGCUGAGCUAGCCAACCACGCUGAAUUGUGGUUAUACAGGCGUUGUGAUCCACCUUUCUGCCUUCAUGGCGACACAAAACCUCUAAUAAACACCCGUGUACUGCGAGAAGGGGUUGCGAUUAGACGAGCAAGGAUCCUGCUUGGCACGCAGGCUCGAUCCAUUGACUGUAUGGGUGUCGUCCCCCCAGGCGAAAGCGGUCCCCUCCAGUCUUCCCCUGUUGCGUCGGUGUUGUGGCGCCCGUACAAGGUGGUAGGUGCUGAAGUGGGUGUUGAGUCGGAGGGGUGCGUUUCGAGGGCAGUAAUUGGUCGCCAGCGGUUGUCUAGGAUGUUGUGGCUUUUUGUACAGCAGAAAAAAUGAUUUCUGGUUGAGUUUCAAGCUAGGGGACUGUUUUCUGCCAAGCUACCCACCCCCGCCGUUUCAACAGUACGUUAUCCUCUUUUUCUUUCCACUGGUCCUCUUAUGCACCACUCAACAGCUGCUGCAUUUAGUCCCAGAAGCUGUAGUUGGUAGCGAGCAAAGUGAUCUCCAUAUAACCUCUCUGUUACUCAUAAAUGUGCAUUAUGAAGCUUAACCAAUGGUAAUAAAACGUUUUGCUUUCAACAUGUGGUCCCUGCGGUCCAAUGUUCCCAUCUUCAGGCACCAUCAUUACAGCAGGGCAAUGUAUUGCAGUUAUUCGGUUGCCCCCUAGGAACGUGCCUCAUAAUGUUGGAUGCAGGGAUCAUCGAUGGCUAGCAGUGCAUGUGGAUACCCGGCGAGGAGAGAUGGAGAACACCGAGCAGAGCAGUAGCGAGUCGGUGGUGGUGGCUUCCCCAGGGAGAAGCAGGGUCGCAAGGUCCCUGUGAAUAAAUCUGCCACGUACAUGUUGCUCCCCUGGACACAUUUGAUUUUUGAUGAAGACUGUAUCUUGACAGUCAAGGGAAAAAUGCUGCAGCGGGAGGACUAGCUGAGGCACUUGGUGUCUUGCUUGGCUGUGACCCAAAGGUGCAGACCCAUGGCUCCAUGAGGUAGUCACGCAGCGCGAUCUCAUGUUAGAGCCUCUUCAGAGACCACAGUGGUACAUUGGGGAACAGAAAUAGAUUGCAUGCCUGAUACUUGGUGUUUUUCUCAUCCCUUUCACAUCUGCUCUGCAGGUUCAUGGUUUUAUACAUUGGGUUUUUCUUUCCUGCAUACAAAAAAGGGUAUUUUUAUGUCGUCCUGCACGAUGGAUAUUUUUGCGCAGGGGGGAAAAAAAGAGGCUUCUUGUCCACGUUUAAGUAACCACACAAAAUGCAGUAAGUCUGCAUUUGGGAUUUCAUUUUGGUUUACACAUCACUGAUGCUUUUAUUGAAAGCAUCUUCUCACGUAUAAAAAAAUUUAAAGGUCGUAUGAUUUUCCUUCUCAAAACCGAAAGCAGGGAUCUCCAAGCGUCAUUUCUGUGCUGCGGUGGGUUGGAUUAGCCCUACAGCUGGUAUUUGUUGUACAGGAUGCGUUUGCUCAUACUUGAAGUUUAUCGUGUUUAGUUUCAAAGCAGAAUUUCCCAGGCAGAGCACUCCCAGAGCGGUAGCAGUACAUAUCUGAAUAUAUAGCUUUUCCAGGCAACGAUAGCACAGCCUUUUUCUGGAGACUGCCAUUUUGUAAAUAAGCCUCUUCUUGAGCAGCAUGGCUGGGACUACGGAAGAUGGAUGAUUAUUUCUUCCCGGAAUCGGUCUUCUGCUGCAGGAUCUGGUUUUUGUUGCGAUAAUUAGCAUAGAAUUAAAAAUGGCCCUGCAUCUUCCGUUCACAUUACACCUCUGAUACCGACUGAUCGGGGGUUGCAUUUUCCUCGGCAAUAGGCUGUGUCUGGGAAUCACUUUGUUCACUGCUGAAAAUCAGCAUUUAAUUGUGGUGCACAGAUAUUUGCAGGCUUCGACACAGCAAAAGACUCCGCCUCCAAAAAUAAAGCAUUGCUCCUAAUAAACUUUCAGAUGAUUUGUGUUUUGGAGACUGGAAAAGUUGCCAAGAAUAUUUAGAAUAAAAUCUAGCGCUCCAGCCGAAGCAGGAUUUUACAAAUGCCUUUAAAAUCCAGAGCUCGGGCUGAAGGUGAGGUCAUGGGCUAGCACGCAGCCUUUUCUCCCAGAAAAUCUGUAAUAGCUUUUAUUUUUAAAGACUUAACAGGGUUGCCAGUCCAGGUGGAGGCAAAAUUGCAAGGGCUCUCAGUGUGGACAGUGGUGUGACCUUAGGACAAACUAAAGCAGCAAAAACACAAGGCAAUGUGAAAACUUCCUUGUGAGAGCAGCGCAGGAAAUUACUGUAGAAUUUGAUGCAGUGUCCUAGCAUUAGAUUUAUUAUCCUCUGCCAAAAGUCCUUACAAUCGGAAGACAGGAAAGAACAUGUUAUUAAAAGACCUGGAAAAUGAGCAAGUUUGGUACGGGAGUUUUCACGCUGGUAAGUUUUCCGUGCGUACAAUGUUUGGGUUUGGUCUCAACGUUGAGGUCAACGGUACUUAAACCAAAAGUUAUCCCAGGACCUACGUAUGGGAAAUGGUGAUAUAUGCCAGACUUGCAAGAUCAGGCUUGAAUACAGCCCUGCAAGAUGCUUCUUUGCCCAUCAUAAUGCUCAGCGAUUGCUUUUAAUCCCGCAAGGCUCCACCACCAAUUACGAUAAAGCCGUGGUGUGCAGCCUGGCCCACUUCUCCCCCAUAGCGCUUGCUCUUCUACGCCGAUGGACUUGUUCCUCGCUGGGUGGCAGGGUCGUGGCCACUACACGCGCUUGCCUCCUUUCCCCAGACCUUGCUGGCUUUGGCAGCAAGGCUGGAUGUAUCACUUGAGCAGUUUUCUUCUCUGGACUGUGGGUUGAGAUAGUUGCGUUUCCCCACCUUACGCCUGCCGAAAUCACAAGCCCUCCUCACUGCGGGGCACCGCCAACCUCACACUGGCCUUCUCCAGCUCCCACGUCUUUUCCAGGUUCCUUUCUUCCCAGCUGUAUGUCCGCAAAAGGUGGAUCCACAUCCGUAGCCCCUGGAUGCGCGGCCUUGCUUUUUGCUUGUUUAAAUACAGGUCUUUGUGGCAGUAGUGGAAAUAAGUGACCUGGCUUUGUAACUCUUUUUUUCCCCCUUGGGGUGUUUGUGUUAUCUGCUUCUGAAAAACCAUCUCUCUAGUGCGUGCUCUCUGAUGAGGAAAAUGCCUGCAGCUAUACUGAAGCACACCCAACAUACCCUGCCAACUCCAGCAAGCCAACACUUUUGUUUUAAGAAGAGCUUUCUUUCCCCAUAAAAAGAUUCGUAACCAUCCCGGUCGCACCAGAUGCUGGACAGCCAGAUGUUGCCUUGUACAACACUUGGGAGAGCCGACGGCCAUGCACGCAGGGGCCACUUGUGCUAUUCAGUGACCUUUUGGGGUCCUUACUGAAACACAGUGAGAAUCGAAGGUCUGGUUUCCCCUUUUUCAUUUGCCGCUUUCGUUUCGGGAGAAAACACCCUGUUUUCGCAAGCGCUGAGCUCCCGAGGUGAGGGGACGGAAGGGCACUGCUGGAGCCUGUCCCAGCUUGGUAGGAGCCGCUUCCAGCCCAGGGUAAGGUCUGGGACCAACGCAGACCUUAGCAGGGAGGUUUCCUGCACCGUUUCCAGCGAGCGGAGUCGUUGCUCUUCCAGCAUGAAUAUAAAGGUAGGAUUGGGCUUGCUGCUUGAUGUGAGGGAAUAAAAAGGCAGAUGUCAGUGGCUGGAAUAGGCGAUGGGCCGGUCGGAGGGAAGCGUGUGCUUCAAGAGAGAAAGGGGAAGAGCCUGACGUCCGUCGGGAUGAAUCCUCCUUUUCCAGCCUCUUUCCAGGAGCAUGCUGAUUCUAAGUCCUUCUCUGGAGCAUUUUCCUUCAUGAAAAUGAAGACAGGACAUAAGGAACAUCAGUGUUUACUAGACCACCUUCAUUGUCUUGUUCUUGCAUUAAUUGUCCUUUGACUGGUAGGGUGGUUAAGAGAAAAAAGCCGGCUUAAUGCAUGGUCAGAAAGCUAAAAAGAAAAACAAACAAAGAAGCAAACCAGAAAUAAAUAGGUAAAUAGGCUAACUGUAAGAUAGCGUGUAAAAGGAGGCAGUCUGCGGCGCGACUCCUCUGUAAAGUGCAUGAUAAGCAUCGGCGAAGCUUGUUGCAGACACUGUGCAGGCUUUCCAGGGUUGCUUUUGCUAGACUUUGAGUAUCAUAGUUGCAAAGACUCGUAAAUGUUCCGAGAGACUCUUGGUUUUGGGGUGGGUUUAUUUUUUUCGUGAGCAGUGACCACUUGCUUUCUGAAUGGGCUUGUAGUGAUGGAGUUAAUGGAGCUGUUCUUUAUCGUAACCUACAAGGUGUCAGUCGUUUGCUCGUAUGUGUUCACAAGCUGAGCCGUAGCAUUAUGCAUCUCUCCGCAAUGGUGUGAUUUGAAGCACUUUUGGUGUGGCAUGUGCAGUUUGCAGUGCUGUCUCUUUUUAAUUUCACCCCUAGCUAUCCCCCGCGUUCUACCCGUGUUUCGGACACUGAACCAAACCAACUUUGAAACUAGCACUUUAAGUACUAGUAGUCACUUUGCUUAUGACUAUAUUGAGCACUGCACUUUUGUAAGUACUAUUAGCACUGAGUUCUGAACUCUUUAUUUUCCCCAGUCUAUUUUUAGCCUCUUAGGCGCAGUGUUAAUUCCUUAGGGGCCAUCAGAAGAUAAUUUAGAGGUGUAUGUGACCACUGUCCGGUGCCUGACUUCCAUUACAUAUCUGUUAGCGAUUUUAUAAAUUAGGGAACUAAACCCAUCCGAGCUUGUUUUACACAACAGAACGAACAUCUGAAUCACUGACAGAAGUGAUUUAGAUGUGGUUGUUGUAAACUUUGAGGUCACCCGGAGACCUAAGCGCAUGGCUUUUAAAAACACCAAAGAUACAGGAGAAGUCUCAAAAGGGAUCGGGAUGGUGCAAGAUUAUCUAAUUUACACUUGGAAUUGAGCGGACCGCAGGACGCGAAGCAGACCCGGAGUGAGAAACGUAGGGCAGAUGCUCUUGGUUUCGGUACGAGACCCCGGUCUGCGUUAGCAGGGGGAGUCCAUGGGACAGCGAAGUUAAAACCAGUCUGAGAUGCUGGUAUCAAUAAAGACUGCACUCAAGCCAUUGCAAUAAAAGCCGUCAUUGUGCCUGUACUGAAAGUGCUGUUGAGAUUGAUUGUGGGCUUAAACUACAAAAGGUAUUUUUAAGUAAAAAGACUUCCAGAUUAUUUAGAAGAUGGAGCAUAAUAACCACGGGGUUUGCUGUUGAAUAUGAAAAGCGGUGUUAGGAGUUGAUGAGGUCUCGCGUUAGGAGGCAAUUCAGAUGUGCAUCGCUAUUCUUGUUAAAUUCCUGUGGUAUUUCAGUAUGGACGGUCGGGGACCAGAGCUCCCUUGCCAGCAAGAAAUCGGUAGGGUAGAGUCUGUAAUAAACAUAGUCAUAAAUCUCCAGGAUUUGAAAUGGGAUGAUGAACCCUGGAAUGCAGAAUAAUCUGGGUUUCGAUGUCCCAAACCAUCCACUCUCAACCAGCUGAUGGUGUUUUGCUUCACUAAAAGCCCUCGCGGGUUUUCCAUAGCAGCAAAUAAAUCACGGUGGACGCGAGAGUGCUGCGUUUCCUUUAUGGUGGGGCACCCGCGCUUGGGUCUCCUGCUCAUCCUCGUUGAUGAGCCGAUAGUUGAUCCAAGUCCUUCUCUGGCAAUACGGCUUGAUGGGAGUUUCUCCCUGGUGACACUUGAUGGAUAAACCCUGCUGUUACAGCAUGCUCAGUUUGCACAGAGAGGAGUGAAUUAGGUCUUCUCCUUCACUGCUAGAAGCAGACAUGAUGGAAAUAACCUUCAGCAGCCAAAAAAGUAGUGGUAUUGGGUUUGCUUGUUGCAGCAGAUGAAGUAUUUUCCCUGACCAGCUCCAGCUUUGAUGGCUGGUUUUGCUUGGGCUCAAUUCAAGCUUCCUUCUUCAAUAGACCUUCAUGGAUUUGGGUGUUCAGUGGGAACCGAAGGUAGUUAAAACCCACAAACCUUGAGCAGCCCCAAGUAUUAUGCUCUUAUAUCCUCUAUUGUUGGAUUUAAAAAAUGGAAAUGUAAAUAGAAUCCAGAUUUUUGUUGUUUGUUUUUUUUUUUUUGUCUUUCUCCCCCCAGCCAAAUUAACCCUGCAAAUCUAGCUUUAAAGAAAUAGCGCCUGGCAAUGAUGCUGCUAUAUCUAAGCCCCCCAAAAUGAUGGCGGCCGAGGGGACAGCCUCUUCAGAAAGUACCUUGGUGACUCAGAGCCUACAUCCCGCUCGCUGUCACGAGGAUAUAGGCGAAUCCCUUGGAAAAUUCACCCCCUGCAGCGAGCUCACAGGUCUCGAGUCCUUGGAAAUUAAGCUCCUGAGAAAGCGGGGUGUGGAGCAGGUCGUGUUUUUUUUUUCUUAUUUUCCCCCAAAGGUGUAGUUUUUUUGCCCCUUGGAGUUGGCAUCUCGUCCUUUGGGAAGGUAAAAGUAAGAGUUUUCUCCUGCACGGCACACGUGAGGCCCGAAUGCAAAGCCUAGCACAGCACCUCUCGCUUUGGAAGGACCUUUUAGGUGGAAAAAAAAGCUCAUGUAGGGAUUUUUAGUUGUUUGGGUUUUAAGAUAGCUCAUGGGAAGCGCAUUGUAACAACACACAGGCGAUGUUUUACCGACCUUUUCUUUUUCUCCAAGAGAGACUUUUUAAUUUGCUUUAAUAAUUUAGAGUUCGUUUCCUUGAAAGUCUUUCUGGACCCAUGAAAAUGCCCUUGAAAUGAAUCAAGUUUAUCAAAACAAAUUGUGCAUUGCAGGAAGCAGUCUCAAAAUGCACACACACCCGUGCACCCAUCCACGUGUACGUGCAUGUGUGUAUGGGUGCGUAUACGUAUAGAUAGAUAUAUUUUUUCCCCAACUGUUCCUUUUUUGGGGGGGCUUGGUUUGGUUUUUUGGGGUUUGUUUUCCCCCCACCCCCCCGGAUAUUAACCAAAAGGUGUUUUAAAGUCAUGGCAUGAAAACUCCUAAAUGUAAAUCUGAGUACCUUGUGAUGCUAAUUAACAGGUUCUUCUGAAACUUUAUGUGAUGCUUAAUAUUUUUCUUAGGAAUUUUUGUUUAAUGUUAGAUCAUUGUUCUGGAGGAUGUUGGUCCUACUGGCAUUAAACUAAUGGAAAUAAAAUGCAUGUGUUACAAGUGUAGAAACGGUGAAGAAUUAAGUGUGAACUUACUGUACGAUACUGAUUCUGUCUUCAAACAAUCUGUUUUGCUGUUCAAUAGUUGACAUAUGGAAAUGCCAAUGUACUGUAAUUUAGCACUUUUCCAAUGGACCCUGUUCUCACUACACCCGAGGGAAGAAGCGGGUUUGGCUUUUGGGCCGUCCGGGCUCGACCUCUGCUCCCUUUCUGCGUGUUUUGGCACCAGAAUUGGCCGGGGGGAACUCAAAUUUGAGGUUUUCUCAUCGGUUCGGCGGCUGGCGCGGGGCAGAGGGGCGGUGGCUCUCUUGUUUCCCUAGCCAAACCGGGGCAAUUUGGGUGAAGGCCUUGAUGCGGGUGGAUGAGCUGGCAGCAUCCUGGUCCCCCAGCGCAUCCCCCUGGGAAGCCAGGCUGGGGACGGGCUGCCCGAGCUGGGGUGGGACAGACGCACGUCUGAAAGGCAGCCGAAGCAAUCCGUGGACCCUGAAAUGAAAAGGCAGAAGGGUUAAACUACCAGCCACCUCCCUCCGGCCCAAAGCCUCCUUUCCUAGUGUUAACAGGGUGCAAAGUGUUACUUGUCAUGUACUGUACUGAAAGGGUUAAUUGAUCAGUGACUGUAUUGUACUGUAUGAAAACUCAUGAAUUGCCUUGUAUUGUUUCUAAUGGACUGUACCAUGUCCCCCCACCGCCCGUUCCCAGCCUUGUCCCCCGGUUUUCCAAAUGACGCAUGUUAUCAGUUAGGUCCUCCAAACUCUCUGGUGCUAACUCUUCCGUAUCUGAUGGUGCUUCUGCGGACGCUAACUGACGACAUGCCGACCCAGAGCUUGAAGUUCACAACGUCUUUCUUGUCUGUUUGUAUGAAGUCGACACACACACACACACACACACGCGCGCGUGCGAUCACUAAAAAAAGAGAAGGAAAAAAAAAAGAAUUAUAAACUUGAAUUUGUUUCAAAGCAUCAUUGACAAUCUAAUGUUUUCUAUGUCUGCUUUUAUUUGGGAUGGCUUUUCUAGAAAGCAGCGCGCCAGCACCUUCGCGCCGGGAGGGGAUUUCGUCCCGUUCGCGCCGCGGCAGCUCCUCUGACAACCGAGGUAAGCCGCUCCCUCGCUGGCUUUUCAGGCUGUCGGCCACGGGAGGUCGAUCUGUCAGGAGCCAGCCGGGAAGAGGAGAUGCAGGUGCCUUCAAAGAUGCCCGACCCUAAAAAGCUGCCGAUAUCCCCCUGACCACCCCGCCCGUACGUAGGUGGGCGCGGAGGGUCUCGGAGGGGAUGAACCUGCCCCUUGCUUUGUAGCAAAAAUUGGGUUUUUAUGGGAACGGAGGCAGAAAAUUGGAGUCAAGGGGAGCCGGAGCUCCCAAAGGCACCUCCGUCUCCUCCCGGCAUCGCUCAUCUCUGCUGGCAGAGGAGCCGCCUCCCAAGCCUGAGGUUUUGCAGGUGACGCACACCUCGGAUGGCGUGAACAGACCCAUCCCCUCCCAACCCCCCACCCCGACGCGAGCUGCUUUUUGGACAAAAUAAAAUCUGACUAUAUUUUAUAUCGAUUUGAAAACAAAGUCUGAUAUUUACCCCUGUUCUCAACUGAAUUUGCAUAUUGUUGUUUGCCACGAUAUUUGUUCUGUCUGAAAAUAAAUUUGCUUACUUGUGUAGUCUUAA